AUGAAAAACUCAAAAAAGACAAAUAAAUUUUAAAUUCACAGAUAAUAACAUCAGAUUCAUUUAUAAAAUGUUAUAUAUCCAGAAACAAAUAAUAAACCACUUUGUAAACUUUUCGAAAAUAACAACAAUCAAUAAACAAUCUCGAAAGAAGUAAUCAAUAAGAGCAAAUCUAUUAUGGCUUGCAAAAAAUCAUUAUAAUUAUUAAGUUUGAUAUUAUAAUAAUAAUCACAAAGGUAACUUAAAAAAGUUAAUCUUAAUCAACCAGCUGUUUAUAAAAGUUUAAUAAUUAGAAGGUCAUUGCCGGCUGUAAAGCCAAGUAAUUAGCCAAUUAUCUCAUGUAGAGAGAAGAAGUCAUAUUCAGUAUAAUAAUCAAGAAGAUAUUCAAACUCAUAAAAUAAAAUUAAUAUAUCAAUGCGUGAAACAAAAUUAGGACCAUGGGAAGAAGAAUGA